UCUCUCUCUUUUAUGGAUCGUUUGUAUACGCUCAGUAGACCAAUUAAAGCACAGAGUAGUGGACCAAGAUGAGACUUAAGAAGCCAGUUUCCAAGAGAGGCACCACCCGUAUGAGGGAAGGUAUUAAGAAGAAAGCAGCAGCCCACAGAAAGAAACAGAACAAGCUUGCUAAGAAGGACCCAACAUGGAAGAGUAAGCACAAGAAGGACCCAGGUAUUCCAUCCAGUUUCCCAUACAAGGACAGAAUUGUCAAUGAGAUCGAGGAGACCAAGAGACAGCACGCUGAGGAAAGAGAACGCUUGAGGGAGUUGAAGAGACAGGAGAGGCUUGCUUCUGGGGAGAACGUUGGAGAUGCCAUGGAAGAAGAUGAUGAUGAGAACGAUAACGGUGACAGCAACGGGCUGGCCGCACUCUUGGAGAGUGCUCAACAAGCCGCUAAGGAGUAUGAAGGUGAGGACAGCGAUGAAGAUGGCGAAGAUGAGGAGGACUUGGAAGUUGUCGAUUAUGAAAUUAGUGACGACAGCGAUGACGAUUCAGAACUGGACAAGUCCCGUAAGGCCUAUGAUAAGAUCUUCAAGACCGUUGUUGAAGCAUCCGAUGUUGUGCUGUACGUCUUAGAUGCCAGAGAUCCAGAAGGUACAAGAUCAAGAAAAGUUGAGCAAGCUGUCCUGCAAAGUCAAGGUAAAAGAUUAAUACUCAUUCUGAAUAAGAUUGACCUGAUUCCACCUGAAGUCUUGAAGAAAUGGAUGGACUUCCUCAAAUCGUCGUUCCCAACUAUCCCAGUGAAGGCAUCUGGUGGUGCAACCAACAGUACUUCGUUCAACAAGAAUAUGACACAGGCAGUCACCACUUCGAGCUUACUCACGGCGUUGAAAUCGUACGCUGCAAAAUCCAACUUCAAGAGAUCAAUCAUCGUUGGUGUGAUUGGUUACCCAAACGUUGGUAAAUCUUCCAUCAUUAAUGCAUUGACCUCACGCCACGGUGGCUCUUCUAAGGCAUGUCCAGUUGGUAACCAAGCCGGUGUUACAACCUCGCUGAGAGAGGUCAAGAUCGAUGGUAAGCUUAAAGUGUUGGACUCCCCAGGUAUCGUGUUCCCAUCUGAGAAGAAGAAGUCCAAGGUUGACCAAGAAGCACAAUUGGCUUUACUCAAUGCCCUCCCUCCAAAGCAAAUCACAGACCCUGUCCCUGCGAUCCUGCUACUGUUGAAGAGAAUUGCCAAAUCCCCAGAGAUGACAGAAUCGUUUAAGAAGUUCUACGAGCUUCCCCCAAUUCCUGAUUCUGACCUUAACGAAUUCUGUAAGAACUUUUUGAUUCACGUUGCAAGAAAGAGAGGAAGAUUGAGUAAAGGUGGUAUUCCAAACUUGCACUCUGCGGGUGUCAGUGUGUUGAAUGAUUGGAGAGAUGGUAAGAUCAACGGAUGGGUAUUGCCAAAAUCUUCGAAAGAAUCUGCUGCUUCUGCAAGUGAGCACCAUGCUAUCAAAGGCACUGGGUCCGGUAGUGCUCCAAGUGUGGAACAGACCACGAUCGUUAAUGAAUGGGCUAAAGAAUUUGACCUCGAUGGAUUAUUUGCUACUUUGGAUAACCAGAAGGAUGAAGCCAUGGUUGAAUGAUCACAUCUUGUAUACUCACUUUUGUCAUU